AUGGACCAGCGGAGAGAAAUUGAGCUCGCAGAAGCAGGAAUUCUGAACAAUGCUCAAACACUGCUCGGUUCAGACACGGUUGAUUCGCUUUCAGGACUCGUCAACCCGCAAACGCUUGCAGUCUUUCGGGAACAGGAUCGCUGGAAGAAACUGCCUCGAGGAUCUGCAUCACACGCUGCUACAGCAGCAACAGCAGCACCUCUUAGCAAUGACCUGUUUAAAAACUCGACUUCGUGGAUCGGGAUUCGAUCACAGCUAGAUGCCGAGGAGCAUUGCGAACUUGCGGACAAAGUCACUCAGUCUCAAGGGAAAUCAAAGGCACCAACUGCGUCACGUCUGGAAUUCAAGGAGAUGAAGACAUAUGGAGGCAUGCCCAUGACGGAUGAAGUUGUGAUCGUGACUUGUGUCCACUGCGACAAGCCUAUGAUCCCCAGUGCCGUCAAGGAGCAUCGAGGCAAAUGCAAGGCAUCAGCAGUGGAAUCAGCACCUGCGGCACCAACCUUGGUGAUCCGUACCGAGGCGUUGGAGAAGAAGCCUGAAACAAAGACCAAGAAGAGAAAGGAAUCCGUCGUGAUUGAAGAACCGGAGACGCCUGUGUCGGCGGUUGAGAUGUCGCCUCCUCCUGCGUCGGUGCCGGAGAAGAAGCCAUCGGAGAAGAAGCAAAAGAUCGCCAAGGUUGCCAAGGUCAAGCCACCUGGUCGCGUCAAAGGGCCUCUGGACCUGGAUAAGCAAUGCGGUGUUGUUCCCUCGAUUGGCGCACCGCCUUGUGCUCGUUCAUUGACCUGCAAGAGCCACUCCAUGUCGUCUAAGAGAGCUGUUGAGGGUAGAUCAAGACCCUAUGACGUUCUCCUUGGAAUGUACCAAAAGAAGCCAAUGCCUGUCAAAGAUGAAAAGAUCAACCGAGAUUCUGAGGCUCCGCUUGCUGACAAGGAAGACGUCAACGUGGACUCUGAUGAAGAGUACACGGAUCUGCUGGAUGCGGUGAGAAGCUACGAGCCCCAACCCUUGGCAACCCGGCCCACGACAUACAUGCGACGACGCAAUAACUGCUAUCGAAUCAGGGACUUGUUUCUCGACGCGCUCAAGGGACCGUGCCGCCCAAUUAUUCCUAGCGGAUCAGCUCACGAUCAGUCGACUAUGCACCUCUAA